ACGUGAGUCCGCCGGCUAUCUCAGCUCUUUCUCACACACUACUAACUCUGGGUUGAACUCCCGUUACCGCCAACGCCAUUUUAAGGGCGUAUUUCGAUCAGGGAAGGAUUGGAUCUACCAAACCGAACUACACUAAUCACCUUCACAGAGGACAGCAGACUUGUUCACCUCACUUCCUGCGACACGUGGUCCUUCCACUAUCCCACUGGUUGCGGCCCCUAGAGUGAAGAGCCAGUGAUUUUGGCCUCUAUUGUGAAGAUCUACCCUUCCAUCUGUCUGUCUCUCCAUUCCUGCUCUCCCCCUUGUCCCCCCUCAUCCGGCACAGCUCAUGACAUCAGCACAGUCAACAUGGCAUUCUCAUCACGCUUUUCCUUCUGGGAGCAAAAGGUCAAAGAAGAGGUCCGACCACCAGGCUCCAAUAUAUCAAAUCAGGGUUCAGACAGCGACAGUGGCAGUAUGAGUAGCCGCUCCCAGUCCGUGCCCAGUCUGGAGCCCAGCAGGGGCCUACUCCGCACCAAAAGCCCUGAGCCAGCCAAGACACAUCCCGGGGUCAGGGUCAGGAGUCCCUCGCCACCCAGGGUACGCGGGGCUGUAAAGGUCCCUGAACGCUUCAAAAGUCUAGUGCCUCCGAUCCAGGCGCCAGCACAGCACUUCAGGAGCCCUGACCCACGCAGAGCUUCCAUAAUUAGCCCUGAGCCUGUGCUGAACGGAAACAGCAAGCACAACGGAUCCGUUAACGUUAGUGCCGUCAAUGGGAACUCUGCCAAUGGAGGUGCCAGACAGCCAGACCUGGACAACGAUGAUCCGAGCCUUACCCGCAAGAAGGUGGUGUGUCAAGUGAUGCGGAAGGCACUACCUGCAGAAGAGGAGGAUGCUCCAGCUCCUGAGCCGACUAAACCUUCCCCUGAACCUCCUAAAUUGGUGCCAUCGCAAGCGCCAACAUCUGUGCCCAAGGUCCCAAAGGUACCACUGUUCUCUUUCAAGCACGAUACCAUCAAGACGGAGGAGAAGGACGAUUUAUCAGCAGAGAUGGCCAGCCUCAUGGUCCGCGGGAGGACCAGGAACCGCCCUCGCACACGCAUGGAUGAGCCGUCUGAAAAAGAACAAGAGGAAGCAGUGAAAAGAGAGAAAAAAGAAGGCCCGAAAUUGGUUGAGAUUAAAUCUAUCUCUAAUGUCGGCCCAGUUUCAAAACAGGAGGAUAAGACUCCUGUGUCGGCUGUACCUGCUAAAGUUCAUCCUAUGGCUUCUAAUUUGAUCUCGGUUUCCUCCAUGUCUUCCCCCGCAGGCUUCAUCCCUGCCCCAAAGACUUCCCCGCUCUCCCCUCCUGCAGGUUUCACCCCACCACCAAAAUCAGCCUCCCUUUCCCCUCCAGUAGGGUUUGUACCAGCACCAAAAUCAGCCACCCUUUCCCCUCCAGUAGGGUUUGUACCAGCACCAAAAUCAGCCACCCUUUCCCCUCCAGUAGGGUUUGUACCAGCACCAAAAUCAGCGACCCUUUGCCAACCAAAUGGGUAUGUACUAGCACCAAAAUCGGCCACCCUUUCCCCUCCAAUAGGGUUUGUACCAGCACCAAAAUCAGCCACCCUUUCCCCUCCAGUAGGGUUUGUACCAGCACCAAAGUCUGCUGUUAGUCCUUCAGUUUCCACUGCAGCCCCCAAAUCCUCCCCAGCAAUUCCCCCAUCAUGCUUCAUCCCACCACCAAAAUGUCCCCCCCUUUCCCCUCCAGCAGGGUUUGUACCAUCACCAAAAUCCAAUGCUUUUACUCCUUCAGUUUCCACUGCAGCCUCCAAAUCCUCCCCAGCAAUUCCCCCAUCAUGCUUCAUCCCACCACUAAAAUGUCCCCCCCUUUUCCCUCCAGCAGGGUUUGUACCAUCACCAAAAUCCAAUGCUUUUACUCCUUCAGUUUCCACUGCAGCCUCCAAAUCCUCCCCAGCAAUUCCCCCAUCAUGCUUCAUCCCACCACUAAAAUGUCCCCCCCUUUUCCCUCCAGCAGGGUUUGUACCAUCACCAAAAUCCAAUGCUUUUACUCCUUCAGUUUCCACUGCAGCCCCCAAAUCCUCCCCAGCCAUUCCCACAUCAUGCUUUAUCCCACCACUAAAAUCAGCCCCCAUUUCCCCACCUGCUGGGUUAAUAUCAGCAUCAAAAUAUACCCCCCUUUCCCCACCUGCUGGUUUUAUCCCCUCUUCUAAAUACUCCCCUGUCACUCCCCCUUCAGCAUCCUUUCCCACCUCUAAGUCCUCCCCCAGUACUCCUCCUGCAGGGUUCGUCCCAGUCUCCAAGGUCUUGCCUCUCUCCCCUACUCCUCCAAAGGUCUCGCCUCUCUCCCCUCCUCCCGCCUUUAUCAUUCCCAAGGCGAGUGCCCUCUCUCCACCACCGGCGUUGAUCCUGUCCCCCAAACUGCCAACCGUGAAGAAGCUUGAGGCUUCACCGCAGAACAAGUCAUCAACUGUUUCAUCAAAGAAUACCCCAACCAUAACCCAAAAGGAGGCGCCGCUCAGUCCCACUGAAGAGGCUCAGAGACUCCUGGACAGGAUCUUCAGUGCGCCUCUGGAGCCGGCAGUCUGUGCCUCAGCCCCGACCCUUUGUCCUGCCCCAGCCCCAAACCACCCUCAGGGACAGGUGGACAAGGAUCCCGUGGCCAUCCUUCAGGUGUCUCACGCCGCUGCCCAACAACCCAAGGUGAAGACAGAGGAGCAGAUAGCCGCAGAGCAGGCAUGGUACGGUUCAGAGAGGGUCUGGCUGGUCCACAAGGAUGGCUUCUCCCUGGCGACGCUGCUGAAGACGGAGGCAGGCUCUCUGCCGGAGGGGAAGGUGAAGAUCAAACUGGAACAUGACGGGACAGUACUGGACGUAGAUGACGAUGACGUGGAGAAGGCGAACCCCCCGUCAUUUGACCGCUCUGAGGACCUGGCCUUGCUACAGUACCUCAAUGAGUCCAGUGUGAUGCACUCCCUGCGGCAGCGCUACGGGGGAAACCUCAUCCACACACACGCCGGGCCCAACAUGAUCAUCAUCAAUCCCCUCAGCGCUCCCUCCAUGUACUCCGAGAAGGUGAUGUACAUGUUUAAGGGUUGCAGGCGAGAGGACACGGCACCUCACAUCUACGCGGUGGCUCAGUCGGCCUACAGGAACCUGUUGACCACGCGUCAGGACCAGUCCAUCGUGCUGCUGGGGAAGAGCGGCAGCGGCAAGACCACCAACUGUCAACACCUGGUCCAGUACCUGGUCUCCAUCGCUGGCAGCACCGGAAAGAUCUUCUCUGGGGAGAAGUGGCAGGCAGUAUACACUAUCCUGGAAGCAUUUGGAAACAGCUCCACCUCCAUGAACACCAAUGCUAGUCGCUUCUCUCAGAUUGUCUCUCUGGACUUCGACCAGGCUGGCCAGGUGGCCUCCGCAUCCAUACAGACCAUGCUGCUUGAGAAGCUGAGAGUGACCAAACGGCCGGAGACUGAGUCCACCUUCAACGUGUUCUACUACAUGAUGUCCGGAGCUGACAGCACUCUCAGAACGGAGCUGCACUUUAACCACUUUGCAGAGAACAGCGCCUUCGGAAUUGUGCCUCAGUCUAAACUGGAGGACAAACAGAAGUCGUCUCAGCAGUUCACCAAGCUGCAGGCAGCCAUGAAGGUGCUGGGCAUCUCAGUGGAGGAGCAGAGGGCUCUGUGGCUCAUCCUGGGGACCAUCUACCACCUGGGGGCCGCAGGGGCCACCAAAGCUGGCCGUAAGCAGUUUGCCCGUCAUGAGUGGGCCCAGAAGGCUGCCUACCUGCUGGGCUGCACCCUGGAGGAGCUCUCCUCGUCCAUCUUCAAGCACCAGGUCAAGGGUGCCCUGCAGAGGUCCACCUCCUUCCGCGGGGGGCCCGACGAGGCCGACGCAGGAGACAGCUCAGUCUCUAAGAUCACAGCCCUGGAAUGUCUGGAGGCCAUGGCUUCAGGCCUGUACUCAGAGCUCUUCACCCUCGUUAUCUCCCUCGUUAACAGAGCUCUGAAGUCCAGUCAGCACUCUCUGUGCUCUCUGCUCAUCGUGGACACACCGGGUUUCCAGAACCCUCGCAUGGCCAAGCGCCAGCGCGGUGCCACCUUCGAGGAGCUGUGCCACAACUACGCCCAGGAGCGCCUUCAGACCCUGUUCCACGAACGCACCUUUGUACAGGAGCUGGAAAGAUAUAAGGAGGAAAACAUAGAGCUUGCAUUAGAUGACAUAGGGUCCAGUACCUCAAUGUCGGUAGCAGCUAUAGACCAAGCAUCAACCCAAGCGCUGGUGCGCACCCUGGCGAGGACAGAUGAGGCUCGAGGUCUGCUGUGGCUGAUGGAGGAGGAGGCUGUGCAGCCAGGGGGCUCUGAGGACACUCUGCUGGAGAGAUUCUUCAGCUACUAUGGCCCCGACCAGGGGGACAACAAGGGACACGCCCUGCUCCUGAAGAGUGACAAGCCGCAUCACUUCCUGUUGGGCCACAGCCACGGGACAGACUGGGUGGAGUACGAUGCUCAGGGUUGGCUGAACCACGCCAAGCAGAACCCCGCCUCCCAGAACGCUGCCACUCUGCUGCAGGACUCACAGAAGAAGAACAUCAGCAGUCUGUUCUCUAGUCGUAGUGGAGGGCCCACAGUGCUGUCUGGCUCCAUCGCAGGGCUGGAGGGGGGAUCUCAGCUGGCCCUCCGCAGAGCCACUAGCAUGAGGAAGACCUUCACCACUGGCAUGGCCGCUGUCAAGAAGAAGAGCCUCUGUAUCCAGAUCAAACUGCAAGUGGAUGCUCUGCUGGACACGGUGCGCAGGUCCAGGGUUCACUUUGUCCACUGCCUGCUGCCCAAGGCAGACGCGGUGGGAGUUGGCAUGGAGCAGCGCGUGACCCAUGGAGAGAGCUGCGACUCAGGCCUCAUGCAGCUGGAUGUGGGCCUCCUGAGGGCUCAACUCCGUGGAUCUAAGCUUAUCGACGCCUUGCGCAUCUACAGACAAGGAUACCCUGAUCACAUGGUGUUCUCCGAGUUCAGACGGCGCUUUGACGUGCUGGUGCCCCACCUGACCAAAAAGCACGGACGCCACUACAUGGUCACAGACGAGAAGAGGGCUGUGGAGGAGCUGUUGGAGUCUCUGGACUUGGAGAACAGCAGUUACCACAUGGGCCUGAGCAGGGUGUUCUUCAGAGCGGGUACCCUGGCCAAACUGGAGGAGCAGAGAGAUGUCCAGACCAGACGCAACAUCACCAUGUUCCAGGCUUCUUGCAGAGGAUACCUGGCCAGACAGGCUUUCAAGAAGAGGAAGAUCCAGGACCUGGCUAUCCGCUGCAUCCAGAAGAACAUCAAGAAGAACAAGGGAGUGAAGGGCUGGGCCUGGUGGAAGGUGUUCACCACAGUACGCCCCCUUAUAGAGGUCCAGCUCACAGAGGAGCAGAUACGUGGCAAAGACGAGGAGAUCCAGCAGCUGAAAGGGAGGCUGGAGAAGGUGGACAAGGAGAGGAACGAGCUGAGACUCAACAGUGACCGCCUGGAGAGCAGGAUCACAGAGCUGUCGUCGGAGCUGGCAGACGAGAGGAACACAGGAGAGUCGGCCUCUCAGCUGCUGGAGUCUGAGACCUCAGAGAGACUGAGACUGGAGAAAGACAUGAAGGACCUGCAGACUAAGUUUGACUCGAUGAAGAAGUCUAUGGACUCUAUGGAGAUGGAGGUGAUGGAGACCAGACUCCUCAGAGCCUCUGAGCUCAAUGGAGAGAUGGACGAUGACGACACAGGGGGAGAGUGGAGACUGAAGUAUGACAGGGCCAUCAGAGAGAUAGAGUUCACCAAGAAGAGGUUACAGCAGGAGUUUAAUGACAAGCUGGAGGUGGAGCAGCAGAACAAGCGGCAGCUGGAGAGGAGGCUAAGUGACCUCCAGGCAGACAGUGAGGAGGUUCAGCGUACGGCCCAGCAGCUGAAGAAGAAGUGUCAGAGAUUGACGGCUGAGCUACAGGACACCAAGCUACACCUAGAGGGCCAGCAGAGCCGCAACCAUGAUCUGGAGAAGAAACAGAGGAAGUUUGACUCGGAGCAGAACCUGUCUCAGGAGGAGGUCCAGAGGGAGAAGAAUCUUAGAGAGAAGCUGAGCAGAGAGAAGGACAUGCUGACUGGAGAAGUGUUCAGCCUGCGACAGCAACUGGAGGGCAAGGACCUGGAGAUGUGUGCACAGAACGUGAAGUUAGAACAGCUGGAGGCGGAGCUGCUGGACCUGUCGUCCCAGGAGACCAAGGACGAGGCAUCACUGUCCAAGGUGAAGAAGACGAUGCGUGACCUGGAGGCCAAGGUCAAAGACCAGGAAGAGGAGCUGGAUGAACAGGCCGGAACUAUACAGAUGCUGGAGCAGGCUAAGCUGCGUCUGGAGAUGGAGACAGAGAGACUGCGCCAGACACACUCCAAGGAGAUUGAGAGUAAAGACGAGGAGGUGGAGGAGAUCAGACAGUCCUGCAGUAAGAAGCUGAAGCAGAUAGAAGUCCAACUGGAGGAGGAGUUUAAUGACAAACAGAAGGUCCUACGUGAUAGGAGAGAACUGGAGACCAAGCUGCGGUCGGCCCAGGACCAGGUGAACCCCAGAGACGUGGAGACAGAGAAGAGGCUGAGGAAGGAUCUGAAGCGCACAAAGGCCCUGCUGGCCGACGCCCAGAUCAUGCUGGACCACAUGAAGAACAACGCCCCCAGCAAGAGAGAGAUCGCCCAGCUCAAAAACCAGCUGGAGGAGUCAGAGUUCACCUGUGCGGCAGCAGUGAAGGCCCGUAAGUCUAUGGAGGUGGAGAUUGAGGACUUGCAUGUGCAGAUGGACGACAUCUCCAAAGCCAAACAGGCUCUGGAAGAGCAGUUGAGCAGGCUGCUGAGGGAGAAGAAUGAUCUUCAGUCUCGUAUGGAGGAGGACCAGGAGGAUAUGAACGAGCUCAUGAAGAAGCACAAGUCAGCUGUCGUCCAGUCAACCCAGAACCUAGCCCAGAUCUCUGACCUACAAGCCCAGCUGGAGGAGGCCCUCAAGGAGAAGCAGGAUGUCCAGGAGAAGCUCUCGGCACUGCAGAGCCAGCUGGAGUUCCAGGAGACGUCUAUGGUCGAGAAGUCCCUGGUCAGCAGGCAGGAGGCCAAGAUCCGAGAGAUGGAGACCAAGAUGGAGUUUGAGAAAACACAGGUCAAACGCUUGGAGAGCCUGGUGGCCCGUCUAAAGGAGAACCUUGAGAAGCUAACAGAGGAACGGGAUCACCGCAGCACCAGCGAGACCCGGGAGAAGGAGCAGAACAAGAGGCUCCAGAGACAGAUCAGAGAUAUCAAGGAGGAGAUGGGAGAGCUGACUAAGAAGGAGGGAGAGGCCAGCCGCAAGAAACAUGAGCUGGAAAUGGAUAUUGAAAGCUUGGAGGCAGCCAAUCAGAGCCUGCAGGCGGACCUUAAACUAGCCUUCAAGAGGAUUGGUGACCUCCAGGCCGCCAUCGAGGACGAGAUGGAGAGUGACGGCAACGAGGACCUCAUCAGCAGUUUACAAGACAUGGUGACAAAGUAUCAGAAAAGAAGGAACAAAACUGAGGGAGACUCAUCUGACUUGGAGAUUGAAGACUGUGUGGAUGGGGUCAAGUCCUGGCUGUCCAAAAACAAGGGAUCUACCAAGAACCUCUCAGAUGACGGCAGCCUCAAGAGCUCCAGUCCUCCUAGCCGAAGACGUUUCUGCUCGGACAAAUCCGAGGAAGAAGAGGAGGAAGAACAAAAAGAAGGUGGUGCGUCUCGAGGGUCCUACCGCUCCAGAUAUACACGCGGCAGCUACCUGAACAACAGUGACAGUGAAGACAAGCCCUCUGAGACAACGUAGUUAACACAUACACCAGCCAACACAGGCUGCAGGUUGAGAGGGCCCCAGUGGUGCAUGAUCGGACUCACUGUGCUGUUUUCACACACGUGCACACACUCACAACCACUCUGUUCUUCUAACCCUGCAACAUGAUACUAUGACUGUCAUUAUUAUUCUACUAUUACAAAACAGCUUGCAUUGCUAAGGUCUAGAGAAGGUGCCAUAGUACGUCAGUGUACAGUACACAACACCAAUGGUUUCUCUCACUCCACUGGGCCAACCCUGUCUUAAUGUAUUUCACCAGUCACAUGUGACUGUGUGUCUCCAUCUUGGAUCUGGCCCCUCCAGUUGAACAGCACCUCCAUUAAUAAUGACUUGUCUUUCUUGUCUCUGCUAGCUGCAUGAGGACAGCUGCUGCUUGGCUGGAGCCAUCGUCUCCUCCUUCCUAGAUUUGAUCAUGAUCAUGGUUGUAACUGAGCCAAGGAACUGUAGCAAUGUUCCCUGAUGUUUUAUCACUGCAUUGGGAGACAAGAAAGAAAAAAAACUAGAAAAAAAGAGGGAGAAAAUAAAUACCAAAAAAACCUUUGUUGCAACUAGGUGUGUACACUGUGUUAUUUCUUAUUUGCUCGUCCUGGUAAAAAAAGACCAGAGUUUAUUUUUGGGAGAUAUAAGUAGGGUCCUCUACAGCUGGCACCCACACAGCUGUGCUUAGAUUUUGUCUGCAGUGCCACGCUGCGCCACACCGAACAAAGACGCUUUCAUCGGCUCAUCUGCUUGUUUUUUAUUACUUGUUUUUGCAGGAUAAUAAUGUUUCCUAACGGGAAGACAACAGAAGAGAGCUGCAGCACCAAACUGCUUGUGAUGAAACUUUAGUCCUUUCUCUUCUUUUUUUAAUCUUUUUGUUUUGAUGUUUGAAAUAAAAUGAGAAUUUGUUUUCAAGAGUGCUGCCAUCAAGGACAUGAUUUCCAGGAGGUUUGAGUGUAGUGUACCCUAUGAGAUGCUUUGUCUCAUUUGAUUUCAACUUGAAAUGAACUAAGUACUUUGCAGAAAAGCUUUUGGGGGAGGGUCUUUGGCUCAGCUGUUUUUCUCUCUCUGUCAUUGUGGUUGUUGUUGUUCUUCUGCUUUUCACUUGUUUUUUCUUUCCAUUUGAUGUGCUUUGCUUUCCAAAGGGAAUGAUAUUCAACACUAUGCUUUAUGGUGGUUUGUCUGUAGUUUAUAUCUCCUUCAACACCCACAUUUGGACCAUACCAUACUGGAUUACACAUGGUGAGGAUUAGGUGUCCUCAACCAGCAUGUUAAAUCCACCACUGUAAACUGGAUAUAAUGCAUUCAAAUCCUUUUCAGUGUCUCUGAAGCCUAUUUGUCAUGUAGGAUUCAUCAGUAUUCUGUCCUGAACCAAUGCUACCCUCUACAACAGCACAACAGUUUAACCAGGAAGAUAUUAUACGCUUUUACGGUUGCUUGGUGUUACAAUGAACCCUUCGGCUGUCUUUUUAGUAUUUAUGAAUUAGCAUUAAUGAAUUGAGCAGGCCUGCCAACAUGUGUAUUAUCCACCUGUACAUGGCAAGUGGGGCCUAAAUGAUUUUGUUGAUACUCUGCGUGAAGGGAUAAGUUUGGUGUGAUUGUAUUACACAUGAUUUUUAAAGACACUCGUCUAUCACAUCCCCUUGUUCUCUAUGCCAGGGCUUCCCAAACUCGGUCCUGCCCCUCCGCCGGGUGCAUGUUUUGGUGUUUGCCCCAGCACUACACAGCGGAUUGAGCUAAUCAAAGCUUGAUGAUGAGUUGGGGAUUUGAAUCCACUGUGUAGUGCAGGGGAAACACUACACCAGGACCGGGUGUGGGAAGCCCUGCUCUAUGCAGUCAACGUGACUUUUAAAAGGAAUUUUCAACUGUUUUAUGAUGUCGUUAUAUGAUACUCUUAAACCUGAGUCAUCAUAAGACACCUGGGGGAAAAAUGAAAACAAAGAAAUUAGUGAACAUAACAUUGCGGACUGUACACAUUAAUAUUUAUAUAUAUAUAAAAUAUAUAAAUAUCUGUAUUGAUUCAUACUAGCUUUCAAAAUAGUUAAUGUUUAUUUUCGUUAUUGAACAAAAUGACCACUUGUUAUAAGUAAUAAUUUUGCAUUACAUUUUAAUAUAUUGUAAAUAAAUGAUGACUCCAGACUGUAAUUUUCUUCUAUCUGUGUGUUUUUGUUUGAUAUUUUCUGCAUUGGUGUUUCAGCCUCCAAGUUCCAGUCUCUCUUUUCAGACUUAAAUAUGCACAUUAGAAAAUAGUCUCGUACUAAACAUUUCUGGAGGGCAUACUGUGGAAAAAAAAGAAAUGAAAGGAAAAGAUAAAUAAAUCCUGUUCUCAUGCAUCCACUUUGAUGUUUCCUGCAGCUUUGAGAAAUGUCAACAGUAUCACUGACCCUGACUCUGAGGCCUUUCAAAACAGGAACACAAGUUCAUAUUGACUAUGACCUUUAUCUUGUUUUCAAAGAAAUCUGUUCCCUCUCUUAUGAACAUUUCAUGGCAAAUGGUUUUUAGUCUGAGGACAAAUGGAGGGAUUCACUAUACAGCAAAGGAGAGACCCGGCACUAUUACAGUGUUUAGCCUACCAUGCAUUCAGUAGUGCUUUGUUCAUCAUCUUCAACAGCUAUUAGCAGGGAAACCUUGUUUACUGUGUGGGAGUAGCCACAACCACCACAGUAACUGUAUGUCCCAAAAGAUUAUGGUUGCAUCCUAAUUAGUCACUGACAGAAAUAAUAGUCUCCUCCAUAUGUAACUAGGAGCACAGUGCAGCAGAUGGCCUGGUACUGCUCCUUGUGUAACUAAGAGCAUAGUGCAGCAGAUAGUCAAGUACUGCUCCUUGUGUAACAAGGAGCACAGUGCAGCAGAUAGUUACAUAAGGAGCAGUACUUGACUAAGAGUACAGUGCAUCAAAUUACCAACUACUGCUCCUUAUGUAACUAGGAGCACAGUACAGCAGAUAGUCCGUUACUGCUCCUUAUGUAACUAGGAGCACAGUGCAGCAGAUAGUCAAGUACUGCUCCUCAAAUAGCCCCCACGAUAUGCAACUUUUCAGGGAAGUUAGGAACCAAUAUACAAAGGCAGGUAGGAAAGCAAAGGCUAGCUUUUUCAAACAGAAAUUUGCAUCCUUGUAGCACAAACUCCCAAAGGUUCUGGCACACUGUAACAUCCAUGGAGAAUAAGAGCACCUCUAUCCUACCCUGCCUUUCUAAUGUCUUCGAAAGCCAAGUUAACAAACACAUCACCAACCAUUUCGAAUUCCACCGUACCUUCUCCGCUAUGCAAUCCGGUUUCCCGAGUUGGUCAUGGGUGCACAUCAGCUACGCUCAUGGUCCUAAACGAUAUCUUAACCACCAUCGAUAGGAGACAAUACUGUGCAGCUGUAUUCAUUGAUCUUGCCAAGGAUUUCAACUCUGUCAAUCACCACAUUCUUAUCGUCAGACUCAACAGUCUUGGUUUCUCAAAUGACUGCCUCGCCUGUUUCACCAACUACCUCUCAGACAGAGUUCAGUGUGUCAAAUCGGAGGGCCUGUUGUCCGGACCUCUGGCAGUCUCUAUGGGGGUGCCACAGGGUUCAAUUCUCGGGCCGACUUUUUUCUCUGUAUACAUCAAUGAUGUCGCUCUUGCUGCUGGUGAUUCUCUGAUCCACCUCAACGCAGACAACACCAUUCUGUAUACUUCUGACCCUUCUUUGGACACUGUGUUAACUAACCUCCAGACGAGCUUCAAUGCCAUACAACUCUCCUUCUGUGGCCUCCAACUGCUCUUAAAUGCAAGUAAAACUAAAUGCAUGCUCUUCAACCAAUCGCUUCCCGCACCACCCCACCUGUCCAGCAUCACUACUCUGGACGGUUCUGACUUAGAAUAUGUGGACAACUACAAAUACCUAGUUGUCUGGUUAGACUGUAAACUCUCCUUCCAGACUCACAUUAAGCAUCUCCAAAAUUCAAUCUAGAAUCAGCUUCCUAUUUCGCAACAAAGCAUCCUUCAUGUUGCCAAACAUACCCUCAUAAAACGGACUAUCCUGCCAAUCCUUGACUUCGGCGAUGUCAUUUACAAAAUAGCCUCCAACACUCUACUCAGCAAAUUGGAUGCAGUCUAUCACAGUGCCAUCCGUUUUGUCACCAAAGCCCUAUAUACUACCCACCACUGCGACCUGUAUGCUCUCGUUGGCUGGCCCGCGCUUCAAUUUUGUCGCCAAAUCCACUGGCUCCAGGUCAUCUAUAAGUCUUUGCUAGGUAAAGCCCCGCCUUAUCUUCAGCUCACUGGUCACCAUAGUAGCACCUACCUGUAGAACGCGCUCCAGCAGGUAUAUUUCACUAGUCACCCCCAACGCCAAUUCCUCAUCGGGCCGCCUUUCCUUCCAAUUCUCUGCUGCCAAUGACUGGAACGAAUUGCAAAAAUCACUGAAGCUGGAGUCUCAUAUCUCCCUCACUAACUUUAAGCACCAGCUGUCAGAGCAGCUCACAGAUCACUGCACCUGUACAUAGCCCAGCUGUAAAUAGCCCAUCCAACUACCUCAUCCCCAUACUGCUAUUUACUUUAUUUUAUUGCUCCUUUGCACCCCAGUAUCUCUGCUUGCACAUUCAUCUUCUGCACAUCUAUCAUUCCAGUGUUUAAUUGCUAAAUUGUAAUUAUUUUGCCACUAUGGCCUAUUUAUUGCCUUACCUCCCUUAUCUUACCGCAUUUGCACACACUGUAUAUAUACUUUUUCUAUUGUGUUGCUGACUGUAUGUUUGUUUAUUCCAUGUGUAACUCUGUGUUGUUGUUUGUGUCACACUGCGUUGCUUGGCCAGGUCGCAGUUGUAAAUGAGAACUUGUUUUCAACUGGCUUACCUGGUUACCUGAAUAAAGGAAAUAAUCAUCUCCCCUUUCCACUAUUAUCACAUAUCUGACAGCCACGCCCACAUUGCCAAGGUGACCUUUUAAUACUGCACCUUCCAAAGACCAUCAUUCAGAAUCGAUACACUUUCUCUACAACAGGGCUAAUGCACCCUAGUUCAUAAAGUAGCCACUCAAUCACGGUCUCUCUCAUUGUAGAGACAGUGGCUAGUUUACUGUGUUUGAAAAGUGGUUGCACAACAUCCUACAGAGCACUAAAUGUGAUACAACUCUAGUAAAAUGUAUUGUAGUUUUCAUUCACACACUGAAUUGUCUCUGUGUGUGCUACAAUACACAGCACACAAGACAUAACUCUCCAUGGACCUACAGUUCCAGUCCACUACAUGAUUCCAUAUGUGUUACUUCAUCGUUUUGAUGUCUUCACUAUUAUUCUACAAUGUAGAAAAUAGUAAAAAAUAAUGAAAACCCUGGAAUGAGUAGGUGUGUCCAAACUUGUGACUGGUGCUGUAUAUAGGGGAACACUAUAACUUGAUGAAAACCAGUGUGACGAAUGUCAAUGUGCAAUGUUUUUAUGAUGUGCCUUAUUCUAUCAUGGCACUCAUAUAAUUGUCUGGUCUUUGAGAAUUGCUGACGAGUUAGUAAUUGUUCUGGAAAAUGGAUUUAUAUUGGGUGAGGAGCAAGAUCUAAUCUGUCAAACUGUCAAUAUUCAAUCUCAUAUUUUGAUUUGGGCGUAGAUUGCGCCAUGCAUUUUACCCCUCAUUUAACUCUGUGGAUCCUCUCCUGCUGUGACCAGAAAUACAGCCAUUAGAGGUUCUGUUCCAGGACAGAUACGAGGAUAAAACAACAAAAUGUAUGCAUUUCUAUGUCAUGUUUUUUAUGAAGAGUUAAAAGACUUGUUUUCGUAUGAAAGGUACGGGCACAUAGGGAACAAACCACACAUUAUUGCCUCCCAGCCAAACUAAUGAGUAAUUAUCUAAAGGAAAGCGGAUGACAUCUCUGAUUAUUGGUUUUGUGGCAUUUUAUAUGCCUUUGGUCAGUCAUGACAUUACUAAAUACUCUUUAGCCUACAUAAAAUCACAAAUAAUUUCCAUCAAUGUACCCAUGGCAUCUUAGCAGUGAUUUAUUUGACACGUGCAAUAAUAGGUUGUUAUUGUCAAGUAAAAUGCCACUGGAUGGCAGGUGCUAAAUGGAUGUUCGACGUGUCUGAUUCACACGUACUUGAUUUAGAAUGUUAGAAGCUAUAAUUGGAACUGUGAAAUGCUCGUGUUCAUUUAAAAUAUUAAAAACUUUCAUCUGUGACUCACA